AUGGAGCUCCUGGAGGACUACGACAUCUCUAUUCUUUAUCAUCCAGGAAAAGCCAAUAUUGUUGCUGAUGACUUGAUUCACAAGGCCACAAUUCCAGGCAGAGUCUUAGCUUGUGCUGAGGUGAGAUCAUCACUAUUAGAGUUGAUCAGCACUCAUCAGUUUGAAGAUGCUCAGUUGUGUAAGAUUCGAGAUAAAGUUCUGAAGGGUGAGGCCAAGGAGGCCAUUUUUGAUAGUGAGGGGAUCCUGAGGAUCAAGGGACGCAUGUACGUUCCUCAUGUUGGUGAUUUGAUUAAUUUGAUCUUGAUUGAGGCCUAUAGUUCGAGGUACUCCAUUCAUCCGGGUGCCACAAAGAUGUAUUGUGAUUUGAGACAGCAUUACUGGUGGGGUAGGAUGAAGAUAGAUAUUACAAAUUUUGUGUCUACGUGUGGGAAUUGUCAGCAAGUGAAGUAUGAGCACCAGAGACCUGGUGGUAUACUCCAAAGGAUGCCCAUUCCCGAGUGGAUGUGGGAGAGAAUUGCCAUGGAUUUCAUUGUCACUUAUAUUGCGGAGAGGUUAGCCAGGAUCUAUGUUCGUGAUAUUGUACGAUUGCAUGGGGUCCCUAUUUCCAUUAUUUCGGAUCGAGGUCACCAGUUUACUUCUAAUUUCUGGAAGGCUUUUCAGACAGAAUUGGGUACCCAGUUGGACGAGAGUGCUUCUAAAAUCACACCCAUGAAGGGUAUUAUGCGAUUUGGGAAGAGGGGACAGUUGAGUUUGAGGUAUCUUGGCCCAUUUGAGGUUCUCCGUAGAGUUGGUGACGUUGCCUAUGAGUUUUCCUUGCCACCAGGCUUGUCCGGUGUUCAUCCGGUCUUUUAUGUGUCUAUGUUAAAGAAGUACCAUUCUUAUGGUACUUACAUUGUCAGUUGGGAUUCAGUGUUGCCCGAUGAAAAUCUAACCUAA